AGGGAGGCGCCGAAGAAGAGGCUCGUCUUCCUCGCUGCUUUUCUGCAUAUGUGCAGUAGGUGCUGUGGUAAACAACCCGGGGCCUUGAGGGACCGUUAGCAGCGGGGUUUGGGUGCGCUGCGGUGUGGCGCCAGAGGUAGCUGGGUGGACAUUGGACCGUUUACGGUCUCUCUGGAUACCGCUCCUCGUCUAACGUAUGACCUGCGAAUAGAAGCUCCCGCCACACCAAGAAGCGUCGUGCUUUUUCGUCCCUCUUCUGCAGCGCACUGAACCGGCUGCCAGACCAAGUCAACCCGCCACACAUACACAUGAGUGCUACCUUCUCCAUGUGUUGGGCCGAGCGCCAUGCCUGACCGGGAUAGUUCCUACCUGUCAGGUGGUUGUGGGAGCGGGGGCAGCCUGGGUGAGGAAGGUGGACCUGGGUCUGGUUUAGGCGGGGGCCCGGGAGAGGGCAGAGUGGGGUCAGGAGGUGGGGGCAGUGUCUCAUGCUCUGGGGUUAUGGGGGGAGGAGGGGCUCUCGGUAACGGCAACAGUUGUGGGAACGGCGCAGGUGGGGGGCUGGGUUCUGGACUGGCUUUGGAUGGUGUCUGCAGAGACUUCAUACGGAAUGUGUGCAAGAGAGGAAAGCGCUGUCGUUUCAGGCACCCAGACUUUAACGAGGUGCCAGACUUGGGGGUGCAGAAGAACGAAUUCAUCUUCUGUCAUGACCACCAGAAUAAGGAGUGCAUGCGCUCCAACUGUCGAUUUGUUCAUGGCUCUAAAGAAGAUGAGGACUAUUACAAGAAAACCGGAGAGCUUCCCCUCAGACUGAGAGGGAAAGUGGCAGCACGCUUGGGCUUGUCCCCCAUGGACCUCCCCCAUAGCCGUGGAGAGGUCCCUAUCUGUAGGGAUUUCCUGAAGGGGGAAUGUCAGAGGGGUAACAAGUGUAAAUUUCGCCAUGUCAAGAAGGACUAUGAGUACGAAUCUACCAGGGUAGGCGUUGGGAGUGUUAUUGGGGCGGGAGCAAGUGGGAUGGUGAAUGCUGGUGGUGGUGUUGGUGGGGGUGGGGUAGGCACCUGUGGAGGAAUGGCUGGACUUGUGGGGGCUGGGGUUGGGACUAAUAUAAUGGGCAUGGGCUGCCCCAGCCUCGGAGGUUGCCGAGAAUCGGGUAUCUCAGGAGUUGGGGGUGUUGGAGGGGGAGGGAUAGGUGGGUGCCUGUCCAUAGGUUCAUUGGGACAGCGGCGUUUUGAUCGGGGCUCUUGUUCGGUAUAUGACCCGCUAUUUGAGAGUGGGUUUUUUGAAGCAGGGACCAUGGAGGCUCCUGUGGACCACACGGCGCUACAGCUGAAGAGGCGGCGGCUUGAGGGGCUGCGACUGACAGAUGGGAGUGGAGGCGGGCAUUAUGAACUUGGGAUCCAGGCCACCUUGCCACCUCGUCCUCUAGAGUACAGGUUUCUGGAAGAGGAGAACUCCCUGCUGAGGAAGAGAGUAGAGGAGUUGAAGAAGCAGGUUUCAAAUCUCAUUGCAACCAAUGAGGUCCUGCUCGAACAAAACGCCCAGUUCCGGAGCCAGGCCAAGGUGAUGACACUGUCUUCCACUCCAGCCCCGACUGAGCAGAGUCUGGCACCCCCUGUGGGAACUGUAAGCUCCUACAACCAUAGCAUUGCCCAGACCCACACCACCCUGAGCAGUGCAGGACUUCAGCCUCGGCCCGUCACCCAGCAAGACCUGGUAGCACCCACAGGUGCCCCAACAGCACCCCCAACUAAUGCUGCCCCACCUACAGCCCCUCCACCCCACCUCAACCCUGAAAUCACCCCCCUCUCAGCUGCCCUUGCACAGACCAUUGCCCAGGGUAUGGCGCCCCCUGUUUCUAUGGCGCCAGUGGCUGUGUCUGUUGCACCAGUAGCAGUGUCCAUGGCACAGCCUUUGCCCGGGAUCACCAUGAGCCAUGCCACUAGUCCCAUGGUGUCCUACCCUAUAGCCAGUCAGAGCAUGAGGAUCACUACGCUGCCUCACUAACUGAUUUCCUGUUAAACUGCACCCUUUGAGUUAGAAGGACGUCAGUCAUUGUCUUUUUGAUGUUUGUGAGACGGGGUCCUCCUUACAGAAAGGGCCCAUGGACUACAUUUUCUUGCAGCAUUUGGGUAAAACAACAGGUUUACAUCAAGUCACUCUUUGUUUUGUGGCAGCAUUGCAAAUAAAUAUUUCCUGGCCUACGAACUUGACGAAAGUCUAUGUGCCAAAGGGACCUCUUCAAAUAAAGGCACCAGAAAUAGCAACGGACUGAAAGUGUGUGGGGAGGAUGUUAAUAGUGUUUAAAGACUUUCAGUUAGUCACAAGGCUGGUGUGCUGUAACUGCGGGAAGAUUUAACACUUUGGAGGUAGUUAGUGCUAUAUUUUUGUGGGUUGCUCUUGUGUAAAUUUGGUAUUUUGCACAAUUUGUUGAGCAUGAGUAAAUACACCACUCAAAAAAUAUGUUAUGUUACUUUCUUUAGAAUUGUCCUAUGUAAAGUACAUAAACACUGUUUAUUUUCACUUUCUUGUCUGUGCUUUGCUACAUUAGGUGAAUUAAUUCAUUCUGGAACGGCCACAAUUUCAACAUGUUGUGAACAACUGCACAUGUAAACAGUUUAACAUCCAAUCGCCUGCAUUGUUUGGAUGUAGGCACGUUUUGCAAACGUGGCAAGCUUGGGAUUCCCUUCCUCGGCGAUGUCCUCGUCGCUGCUUACACAAAAUGGGCUAAGUCUUACAUGCCAGACCUCAAGCAUGGGG